AUGGCAUCUUCAUUCUCAACUCAGCUGGUGCAGAGUCAGAACCUACUCCCCCGCUUUCAUGCUGUCCAGGGGAAGCCACAUGUAGUUUCUAGCAUUGGAUGCAGUAAAUUGUCAUCAACAUAUCAUUAUGCACCAAGGCUUUCUGUUUCACAACAAUCUAAAGCCAAAUCAAUCACUUCUCGGAGAAUAACAUGUGCUAGUGGUGCUCAGGGAGAGGUUGCAGAGCUGCAAGCCAAAGUGACAAGCAAAAUUUUCUUUGAUAUAGAAAUUGGGGGUGAAUCUGCUGGAAGGAUUGUAAUUGGUCUAUUUGGAGAUGCUGUUCCUAAAACUGUUGAGAAUUUCAAAACAUUGUCUACAGGAGCGAAAGGAUAUGGUUACCAAGGAAGCUUCUUCCAUCGUAUAAUACCAAAUUUCAUGAUUCAGGGAGGCGAUUUCACCGAAGGAAAUGGAACUGGUGGAGUCAGUAUCUAUGGUUCUAAAUUUGAAGAUGAGAGUUUUGACUUGAAGCAUGUUGGUCCUGGAGUUUUGAGCAUGGCGAAUGCAGGUCCUAAUACCAAUGGCAGUCAAUUUUUUAUUUGCACUGUACCGACUCCAUGGUUAGACAAUCGCCAUGUGGUGUUUGGACAUGUCAUUGAAGGACUGGAUGUUGUGAAGCAACUUGAAUCACAAGAGACAAGCAAGCUAGACAAUAGUCCCAAGAAACCGUGCAAAAUUGCCAAGUCUGGAGAACUGCCUUUAGAUGGUUGA